ACCAGAUGGCCAGUCGGUCUCGCGCCUCACGCGUGUGCGGAUCGGUAAUUGUGGUUGUCUGUCGAGUUCGAAUAUCGUGUGCUCCGAUUACUUUAUAUCAGUUUUCAGAACGACUGUCAACGAUUGGUGUGACGAGAACUUGACAUUUACUUUGUCGUGUGAAACUGCAACUGCACUUUGCAUCCCAACGGAAGCGACACUGGUCCAGGACGAUGCCGGAAACGUAAGGGACGCGCCGAAGCGUCAACGACGGGAUGAUGCAGAAAUGGUGACGACUUUCAGCGUUCAGCAACUGGGCGUUCGUCCUGCGGGAGAUAGAGACCAGAAGUAAGGAUGGCCUUUCACUGGGAUAAGCUCUCACCGGCGGAAUUUCAACAGCUCCAGGACUUGGCAGCUUAUUCCACGCGAAAGCUACAGGAUGUUCUCACCGAGUUCUGCGGAUCAAACACAACGCCCAGUGGUGCGCCGAAAUAUCAUCCGGACGGGGAUAUCGAUUACGAAGGAUUUCGGAAAUUUCUGGACACCUAUCUCGAGGUUGCAGCCCCUGACGAACUUUCGCGACACCUUUUUCUCUCGUUCGUCAAAAGGGUGCCACGUGGAGUCGAUGGAAAGGCUUUUAAGGAGAUGGCUGUGUUAUCGUCGACCACCGCCUGUGCCGCGAUUACAUCUCAUACAACAUCCAGCAGCAACGUGAACAGCACUGGUCUACCCGGAGGAACAUCGUCAGAAAGCCACGGUGGUUCUUCCUUAGCCGAUAAGAUUCAUGGUCUCACAGAGAAGCUCCAAGCUUUGGGACACCAUAGAACGGAAAGCGAAGCAUCCAGCAAACCUCGUACAGGAAGCGUUCAUCCCAUACUGACGAUACAGCACACAUCGUACAGCUGCCACGACGUGCUGGAGAAGAAGAGCACGGACAGCAGCCCCAGCCACAGCCAAAUGUCACGGAAUUCGUCCAGGAAGUCGAACAAUUCGCUGCUCGUCAACAACGGGAAAUUGGAAGAAAUGAGACAUUUGGUUAGAAAGCAGAGCACGAUAGACGUUCAUUCGGUUAAAGUCAGCCUCAAAGAUAUCGUGUGCUAUCUUUCCCUGCUGGAGGCUGGUAGGCCGGAAGACAAACUUGAAUUCAUGUUCCGGUUGUACGAUACGGAUGGGAACGGUGUUCUUGAUACCAACGAGAUGGACUGCAUUGUCAAUCAGAUGAUGAAUGUCGCUGAAUAUCUCGGAUGGGACGUCUCGGAAUUGAAACCGAUACUGCAAGACAUGAUGAUAGAAAUAGACUACGACGCGGAUGGCACGGUAUCUUUGGAGGAGUGGAAAAGGGGUGGUCUGACGACGAUACCGUUGCUGGUACUUUUGGGUCUGGAUUCUCACGUAAAGGAGGACGGGAACCAUCUCUGGAGGCUGAAACACUUUAGCAAACCCGCCUACUGCAAUCUCUGUUUGAAUAUGUUAGUCGGUCUCGGCAAGAAAGGUCUUUGUUGUGUUUUUUGUAAGUAUACGGUCCACGAAAGGUGCGUUCAAAGGGCGCCAGCCUCUUGUAUAGCCACCUACGUGAAGAGCAAGAAAACGUCACAGACGAUGGUGCAUCAUUGGGUCGAAGGCAAUUGCCAUGGGAAAUGUUCUAAAUGUAGAAAGACUAUCAAGAGUUACAACGGUAUCACUGGUUUGCAUUGCAGAUGGUGUCAAUUGACUUUGCACAACAGAUGCGUGUCACAAGUAAGAGCAGAGUGCACGCUAGGUGAACACGCGGUCCAUAUCCUUCCACCAACAGCAAUUUGUCCAGUCGUCCUGGACAGGCAAAGAUCAUUAUCCAGGGAUAGCAAAAGAGGGAGCAAACAUGGGCAAGAAUCAUCCACCGUUAGCUCUAGCGGAUUUUUAACAUCUGUCAGCGCUACCAGCCAACAACCGGCGAUGUCCUUUCAAAUCACACCACCACUUGACACGGUACCACUCCUAGUGUUCAUCAAUCCAAAAUCCGGAGGAAGGCAAGGGGAACGCAUGUUAAGGAAGUUCCAAUACAUCUUGAACCCACGUCAGGUUCAUAAUUUAGCCGUGGGUGGACCCAUGCAGGGUCUGCAGAUGUUCAAGGACGUGGAGAACUUCAAGGUGAUCUGUUGCGGUGGCGAUGGUACCGUCGGCUGGGUUCUGGAAACAAUGGAUCGCGUUCAGUUCGAACAUCAACCUGCUGUCGGUGUCAUACCACUGGGUACUGGCAACGAUCUAGCGAGAUGUUUGCGAUGGGGCGGUGGUUACGAGGGUGAAGCUAUCCACAAAGUUCUAAAAAAAAUAGAGAAAGCAACAACGGUGAUGAUGGAUCGCUGGCAGAUAGAAGUGCUGGAUCAGAAGGACGAGAAGAAACCGAACCAAGACAGUAUACCGUACAAUAUUAUAAAUAAUUACUUCUCUGUGGGCGUGGACGCAGCGAUUUGCGUGAAAUUCCAUAUGGAAAGGGAGAAGAAUCCUGAGAAAUUUAAUAGCAGGAUGAAGAACAAACUUUGGUACUUCGAGUACGCGACCACGGAACAAUUUGCUGCCAGCUGUAAAAAUCUUCAUGAAGAUCUCGAAAUCAUUUGCGACGGUACUCCAUUAGACUUAGCUCACGGCCCGUCUCUUCAAGGAGUCGCGUUACUGAACAUUCCUUUCACUCACGGAGGCUCGAAUCUCUGGGGUGAACAUCACACGAGGCAUCGCCUUGGCAAACGAAAGAAACGACCGGACAAAGAGCUCAGCACCAGUAGUUUUAACUCUGUCGAUCUCACGGCUGCGAUACAAGGUACUCACCCGAAUGAUUUCAAACCCGAUAAGAAGAAACGUGAAGUGAUCGAUAUAUUUACAGAUAUCGGGGACAAUCUCAUAGAGGUAAUUGGUUUAGAGAACUGUUUGCACAUGGGUCAAGUGAAAACAGGACUUCGUCAUUCUGGUAGAAGACUGGCUCAAUGCAGCAGCGUCACCAUCACUACCGGCAAACGUUUUCCAAUGCAAAUCGAUGGUGAACCAUGGAUGCAAGGACCGUGCACUAUUCAUAUAACGCAUAAAAAUCAAGUACCAAUGUUGAUGGCACCUCCGCCAGAAAAGGGUCGUGGCUUCUUCCGUUUCUUAAAGAGGUGAACUCGAAUACACUUUAAAAUCGGAACCGAGGGAAAUAAGUAACCUUGGUUUCUCCUAUCCAAACAUAGUCCCGUAUGUUUUACUUUAUCUUGAUUAAAGACGGAAACGGAAGCGUAUCAUCAGUUCGGUCGUACUUGAGCUUGGGUAGCUUGGGUGCUCGUUCGAGCGCAAUGGGCGAGCUUCAACGUAACUUAGGUAUUCUUGUGUACAGUAUUUUUUGAGAAUAAUAAUAAUAAUAAUAAUAAUAAUAAUGAUAAAAAAAAGCAUCGUUCGUCUUAGAGUUAGGAUCAGCGGUAGGCUCGUCGGUCUUCGUGCUUUCGCGUAGCUCGAUGCGGGGAUUAAAAUUAAUGGAUCGUUUUGUAUAAUGCUGAAAUAGCGCCCGUGACGAAGUUUCUUUGUCGUUUCUCGAAAUCCGUGGCUUGAGUCUACCGCUUUAAAUACGCAAGUACAAGCCUGUAUCGAAGUCGAGCGUAUAAUUACACCGACACGACGGAUUGUACGGUAUCAUGCAAAAGAGAAUAAUUUCUUAGGUAAUUUUAUCUUCUAUUUAAAUGUAAUAAUAACUUCUCUAUUUAUUUUUCUUUUCUUCGUACAACACUUAUAGCGAUAUCGCAAGAGUUUCGUUUCCUCGGUAAGAACGGCAGGAUAACUCGAGGAUAAACGGAUCAUUCUGAUGAAAACUAAUUUUUAUAUUGAUUAAGGAACGCGUAUCUCUGUUGUAUGUUACUUUAUUAUUAUGUCUUUGAUAUAGCCGUUGAUCUGUGUAUCCUUGACUAGUCUUGCAAAUCAUUUACUUUUGUAAAAAGAAACGAACGGCGCACGAAACAAUUCAGAUCGAUCCUCUUUUUUGCACGACUCCGUCCAACAUCAAAGAUCUUCUACUUUCCUCUCUUAACGUUAGGAUUUUUGUACGAAAGCUUAGUCGUAACCGCUUAGAUGUAAAUCACGUACGAUUGGUUUAUUUAUUUAUUUAUUUAUUUAUUUAUUUAUUUACUUAUUUAUUUAUUUAUUUAUUUAUUUAUUCUAUGGCUCUACUAAGCCAGAGCAAUAUACGUUGUGAGCAUAUCAGUAGAGAUACAGCGUUGCUAUAAAAAUAGUACGCUGUAAGGUUUAGUUGUUGAUUUGUCUUUCGUAUGAAUCGCAAAAUCAGAAGUGACGAAAAUUAUGCGUACGCUUUCCAUUCGAUUCCAGAUUUAUUAAAUUUCUGUUCUGUUAUUUAUUGUUCCCUUUCACACGUUGGCCACUCGUACCAUCACUACAAUUAACAAAUUCACGCUUUUGCGAUCGUGAAUUAUUAAUAGAAGGCAGAUCUCGUAUGUCAUGUAUUGUAUUGAUAGAAAAGUAGAAAUCAACUCGUAGUAGGUAUUGUAAAGUUUAAUGGAAAUCAAUUCAGCCAACGUGUCAAGCACGAUCAGUAUUGCGGUACCGAAUUUACAGAAUUUUUCGUAGAAUUCUUCUCUCACUGCAUUCAGCGCGCAUUUCAAAGUUAGCCGCUAUAAACGCUUACUACAAUUUUCCAUAUUUUUCUUUCAUCUGUUCUUUGUUACAGAAAACGAAAACAAUAGAAUGAGCAUUUUUCAAAUUUUCCGUCCGACGUUAGAAUUAAACGAUCAUAGAAUGCAAUUACGUAUUAUGUAUAAGUUGAUUCGUUUUCCUUUCAAAUAGCGUUUAUUUCACAAUUUUCCGAAAUGUCAAUUCGAUGGAGCUCGUAACGAAUGGUAAAUGUAUCUUGAUAAAUCUUUGUAGCAAUAUCGAGCGGCAUGCUUCUGAAAAGAUGAUUCUUUUAUCAUCCCGUCGCAGAUGUGUCUGUUUCACCCCCAUGCUUUUGUAUGAACAAUGUGUAACAAAGAAGUACGAUUCUGAGCAACAUCCCGCAGGGACCAUCACACAGUUGAAAAUCCAUGUAACAAUAUAAAAUGAUCAUAAAUCUUAUCUUCUAGCAACGAUGACCAUUUAGCUUUGUGUAAUGUUUCAAUUCAGCCAGCGAUGUAACAUUUUCUGUAUAAAGGGCGUACAAUUAUCUUUCAACGCGUUGACAAAAUAGAGAGUAUCAAAGUUUAUUGUUAGAAACGCUUCAAUUUACUAUUUCGAAUUCUUUCCUUUUUUUUUUUUAAAUUAAACAGUCAACGUGUUAAUUACCUUUCCGAUUCGUUUGUUCGAAAUAAAUGCAAUAUAUCUCGCCCAAAACAAAAGAAUAAAUAAUAUCCGUGAUAGAGAGAGAGAGCGUUCUAAAUGCAAGCAUUCACGAGUCAAUAUUUUCAAGCAUGUAUUUAGAUCGUUUUACCACGUAGGAAUUGAUAAUAACGAUUUCGUAAAAAUUCUCGUUUCCCUUUACAAAAAUAUACGCAUACUUCCCUUUAGCGAUUAUACGAUCGACUAUAUAUGAUACAUAUAGUUGCUCUCGUUAGACGAAUCGAAAUAUUACGCUUAUGUAUAAUGAAUACAACCCGUGUUAAGGUCUUAAUCGUUAAGUCGUUAUCCAUUAGCGUAAAAAUCGGACGAGGUAGCAUGACGGAGAACAUUUAAUUGAACAUGGUCGUGCUCCCUUCGUCCGGAAUCUGUGAAUACUAUCGGCACAAUAAUUACAAAUAUUGUUUUUCUAUUGGAUUGGCGCAGUGUCUCAGUGUGCUUGUCAUUGUAUAACGUUAUGGUAUAAAGAAAAGACCCAACCAAAAAAAA